AGGCCAGGCCGGGCCUCUGUUUUCGCCGUGCGCCCGAGGACUGGCAAGGAGGCUUGGGGAGGUCCCAAUAUGGAUUCGGGGGAAAGCAGCGGCGGCGGCGAAGGAGGAGGAGGAGGAGGAGGUGGCGGCGGCGGGAAGAUCCGGACGCGGCGGUACCAUCUGGCAGCGGCCUCCUCGAAGCCUUAUCCAAGGAACAAGCAGGGAAUUAUGAAUAUUGUGAAGGAAUCUGUGAAAAGUAUUGUUCCAACUUGGCUUCAGAGAUACUUCAAACAAAACGAAGACACAUCCCCAAGAGAACAAAGGAGCCUGGAAGAGAAUGUAAAUUACCAUCCUGCCUUUGCAGAUGACAUUGCUGACAAUACCCUUGAAAUCGAUGGACGAAUCACUCCUGAUCCAACAAGAAUUACUUUAGAAGAGUCCUCAACAAGUAGAUCUGGUUUAAACUUCACAGAUAUUUUAACAAGACCCUCUCUCCAUCGGGGUCAUCUUAAUUGCAACAUCUUGGAUUCCCCACCACCACUUUGUCAACCCUCCACAUCAUCUACAUUUCCAAUUAAUAAUUCUGGACUUUCACUUGGAAAGGAAAUGAAAGAUUCUACCUCUCAGCAUGACGAUGAUAACAUCUCAACUACAAGUGGCUUCUCUUCAAGGGCAUCUGAUAAAGAUAUAGCAGUUUCAAAAAAUGCUUCAGUUCCACCUCUCUGGUCUACGGAUAUUGAAAGACCUGUCCGCCUUUCUCAGCAUUCAGCCACCGUCUCUAAAAAGCCCGGGUUUAAUCUAUCUGCCUUUGGAGCACUCUCCCCUUCACUUGGUAAUGCAUCAGUUCUUAAGACAAGUCAGCUUGGGAAUUCUCCAUUUUAUCCUGGAAAAACCAUGUACGGUGGUGCUGCUGCAGCAGCAAGACAGUCUAAACUACGAAUUACUCCUUAUCAGACACCAAUAAGAAGGCAAAUGAAAGCCAAGCAAGUGAAUGCGCAGUCCUAUGGAGUGACAAGUUCCACUGCACGGCGCAUCUUGCAGUCUCUGGAGAAGAUGUCAAGCCCACUAGCAGACGCUAAAAGAAUUCCUUCUUCUGUAUCUUCUUCAUUGUCAUCUCCUGUGGAAAGAAGUAUGCUGAAUAUCACAGACUUCCAUUCACCAGGGAAAAGGGCUGAAUCCCACCACCCACCCGUCCAGAAGCUUGUGACACCCAAGGCUGUUUCACUGUCAACGAGUCGUUCACAAUACUUUAAACCAUCUCUUACAUCUGCUACUGAAUCACGCAGGAUUCGACAGAGAAUAGAGAUGAACCAUAAAGCAGGGCAGGAGAAAAAUCUGGCAGUUGAACAACAAAUAGAAUCGUCUGAAAGCAGUGUCACAAAUCCCAAGUUCAGUACUUCUGCAUCCAAUGGCCUACCUCCUGCAGUGGGAGGUGGUGGUGGCAAGAUGAGGAGGGAAAGAGGUGUCCACUAUGUAUCAAAACCUGCACAAGAAGAGGAGAUGGAGUUACCAGCACUACCAGAAAUAUCUUUACCUAUCAGUACAUCAUCUUUGCCAAACUUCAGCUUUGGCCCUCUUGCUAGUACAACUCUUUCAUCUUCGCCUGUCAGUACUGCACAAUCCAUGGCUAACAAGGUGCAACCAGCCAGUAAUGCUAGCAGUCCUGUGUUCAGAUUUUCAUCUCCAAUUGUAAAAUCCACUGAAGCGGAAGUGCUGCCACCAGUGUCUGUUGGUGGCUUUAAAUUUAGCAUUCCUGUUGCAAAAUCAUCUGAUCCUUCAGGAUCCAAGAGUACUCCAGUAUUGCCUCUGAUUAAUGCAGCUGUCAACAGCAUCAACAAUAAGAGAGAAAAUGAGUAUGAUGGUCCUUUUAAGCCAGCAAAAGUCCUGAAAGAAGGAAGUGUACUGGAUAUUUUAAAGAGUCCUGGCUUUGGUACUCCACCAAUGCACUCUUCAGCAGCCACUCCACCUGUUAUACCAAGCACAGUAGUUUAUACAAGACCUGCAAUAAGUAGUUUCUCUGGGGCUGUUUCAGGACUUGGAGAUACUGUAAAACAAGUGUCAGCCUAUUGGCAGUGUGAUACAUGUCUCAUACAAAACAAGCUCGCAGAUAACAAAUGCAUAGCCUGUCAAGCUGCUAAAGUGCCAACAUCAGAUGGUACUAAGCAAGCUGGCACUUUGACUCAGAACAUCACCGUCAAAUCAGCUGUUUCUACAACUGGGACACAGGGCUUUGGAGACAAGUUUAAGGCAGCAGCUGGAACUUGGGACUGUGAUACUUGUUUGGUCCAGAACAAACCAGAAGCGACAAAAUGUGUGGCCUGUGAAACACCAAAACCUGGAACAGGAGUAAAACAAGCUCUCGUGUUGCCUUUUGUCACAGACAAUGCAACAGCAGUGUCUUCCUCUUCUAGCUCUGCUGAUGUUACAGUCACUUUGGGAUUUGGAGACAAAUUCAAAAAGCCGAAAGGUGCUUGGGAAUGUUCUGUGUGCUUAGUGUCAAACAAGGCAGAGACCAGCAGAUGUGUGGCCUGUCAGUCAGACAAAGCAGGAGGUUCAGUGCCUGUAGUGAGUAGCAGUGCAUCCUCUUUACCUGCUCUUUCUGGAAGAUUUCUGGGCUUAGACAAAUUCAAGAAACCAGAGGGAAGCUGGGACUGUGAAACUUGCUUAGUACAAAACAAAGCAGAUGCUUCCAAGUGUGUAGCUUGUGAGACUGCAAAGCCAGGCAGCAAAACUGAAAUCAAAGGUUUUGGUACUACUGCUGCUGCUUCAGCCCCAACUGCUCCUUCAUUUAAAUUUGGUAUUCAGUCAUCACCAACAGAAUCAUCUUCGACAUUGGGAACUGCAGGAAAAAACUUCAAAUUUGGAGAACAAGCAGGAUUCAAAUUUGGUAUUACAUCAGAACUGGGAUCAUCAACAAAUACUUUGACAGGAGGUUUUAAUUUCUCUAAAACUGAGGGUUCCAAACUGGGAAGCUUUCCUUCAGAGUCUAAAUCUGAGGACAGUGUGAAAGAUGGAAAGAAUAACAGCACUUUCAACUUUGGACUUCCCUCUGGGGCUAGCAAUACAUCUACUGCAUCAUUUCAAUUUGGAAUAGCUAAUCUUGGACAGCAAGAGAAGAAAGAAGGAAUUAACAAGCCUGCUGUGGGAGGUUUUACUUUUGGUAGUGGCUCCACAGCUUCUACAGCUGCAUCUGAGAGUAAAACUGGAAUAAGUUUCAAAUUUGGAAAUGCAGAGGAAAAGGAAGCUGCAGUAAGUCCAUUUUCCUCUAAGAAAACAGAGGGGGGGAAAGUUGAAAUUCCUUCAACAAAAAGUGGGUUCGCUUUUGGAAAUGUGGAAUCUAUGACUGUUCCGCAGCUUGUUUUGGGAAGGACAGAUGAAAAGCAGGAGUCUGAUGCCCCUUCUAACCCAUUGGUAUUUGGAAAGAAAACAGAGAAUGAAGAGACAAAGGCACAACCCAUGUUUUCAUUUGGGAAGGCAGAACAAACCAAAGAUGAUGGCACAGUAAAAAAUGCAUUUAGUUUCAACCUGGUGAAACCAGCGGAGAAAGAAGCUGAACAACAAACAAAGCCAACUUUUUCAUUUGGGGCACAAGCAAAUACUGCAGAUCCAGGAUUAGCAAAGCCUGCAUUCAGUUUCCUGAGCUCUACAUCUUCUAACACUGCUGUGCCAAGUGUUUCCGUUGGUGGCGGCAGUGGUGGGAUAUUCAGCAGCAGCAGCAGCACCACCACCACCGCUUCCUCGAACCCUCCACCAACCUUUUUGUUUGGGCAGGCCAGCAACACUGUGAGCAGCUCUGCUUUUGGUAAUCCCUCUGACUCCAGUACAUCACAGUCCUUUGGCUUUUCUCAAGAGAGCAAGCCACCAGCAACCACCUCCAGUACCAGCACCCCUGUUCCAUUUCUCUUUGGUACAGUAGCCACCACUAACAGCACAGCCAACACGGGCUUCAGUUUUGCAGCACCUUCCACAACAGCAGCUCCGACAGGUUCCUCCUCUUCAUUUGUGUUUGGUUCUGGUUCUUCAACUCCUGCGACUGGUCCGGCAUUUGGUGCCAGCCAGACACCGACAUUUGGUCAAAGCCAAGGAUCCAGCCAGCCCCCAGCUCCAAGCUUUGGAUCACUCUCCUCAUCUUCAUUAUUUCCUGCUGGCUCUCAGGCUGGGCCUCCAGCUUUUGGGUCUGUGUCAAGCAGUACGCAGCCUCCUGUCUUUGGGCAGCAAGCCAGCCAACAGCCUGGCUUUGGCUCAGGUACAGCUCCUAAUUCUGGUACAGUGUUCCAGUUUGGAAGUAGUACUGCUAAUUUCAAUUUUACAGGCAACAGCCCAGGAGUAUUUACCUUUGGUGCAGCUCCUGGUGCAACUCCAGCACAGCCUGCAGGCUCUUCGGGGUUUUCAUUCACCCAGCCUUCAUCAUUUAACCUGGGCAGGAAUAACGGGAAAAAUAUAUUCUCCGCAUCUGGAUCAUCAGUGUCUGGUCGGAAGAUAAAGACGGCUGUUAGACGUAGAAAAUAAAAUAUUAAUGAUUGUUACAGACAGCAACGCUCUUACCACAGCUGGUUGCCCUGCAUUGUUCAAUUUCUGAAUUGUACCUCAUGCUGGGUUUAGCUGAAGCCAGGUCUGCCUAAACUCUGCUUGCUUUUUUCCUCCCCGUUUAGUUUUUUUUAAAAUAAUUACAUUUGGUGGCAGGGAGGUUCUUGAGAGCAAAACUACUUAGAAUCCAGCAGUUUUUUCUUCACUGACUUGGCAUGGUCUGGCUAUAGAUAUAAAUAUAGCCUGCACAGCGAAUGGCUUCGUAUAAUACCUCUGUUUGCACCACUUUGUACUCUCAUCUGCGUUUACUGACACCUCGAAAUUGUAAUUAUAUCAGAGAAGGGGAGCCUGUAUAGAGUAGAGAAUGUGGAUAACGAAUGAUUUCUUUACGGAGUUUGUGCUGAUGUACGUGUGAAGUGAGCGAGUUGCGUGUAUUGUGCACUAAAAAUUUCUGAUAGAGGAAGAAUGAUCCAUGCUAAGGACUAGUUAGAUUGGUAGUACUUCAUUCAAUAAUUAGAUGCUCUUUCUAUUUUCAUUCUUACAGCUCCUUAUCACCUGUCUCGCCUUUUCGUUAUUUUAUUAUGAAACAAUGUAAAUACAAUUCUGUUUCUCUAUGUACUUUGGCAUAACAAAUCUGUGAACUUGAAAUUUUAAUUUUGUGUGUUACAGCAAAUUUUUGUUUAGUAUUGUCUCAGAUUUUAUUAUGUAAAUCUCAUUAUUCAAAGUUGCCUAAAUCCAUUAAAAAACCUUUAAAAUUGGGAAUUCUUAAAGUGAGUUUAUUGGCUUUUCUGAUCCAUUUUUGUUUGGACCAAAAACCAGUAUUGUACAAAGUGUUAAGUAUAUAUUUUUAUAUUUACGAAAAUGGACUCUGGUGACUUUGGAUAAUAAGGAAAAGUUUAAUAUUAAAGCCAUGUUUAUUACAGUAUAAUUAACAUGUUAAACCAUGGGAUAAAUGCCAUCAAUAAAAAAAUAUGAAAUACA